UAGCAACACAAACCUCAUAAAAAGACUAAGGCACACCUUGACUGUGGUCUCAGUCCAGCUCUCUCAGUCCAGCAGCACCACUACCUCCAACAUACUGUAGUCAUGCUCAGCCUCAUCAAGUUACCUCAAGUCGUCACCAUCAAUCAAGUGCCCAAAGUUUUCCAUGAGGACGGCAUCAUUUCGGGGUACCGGUACCCUCGAAGCUCGGCAACCGACUGCAUCCUCAGCCUCUUCCAGAUGACGAAUGAGACGCUCAAUAUCUGGACCCAUUUUUUGCCUACAUGGUAUUUCUUAUGGAAACUAGUAACCGUGGUGCUGAUGCAGACAGCAUGGAAGGACUCCUUCACCUGGCCUCUGGUGAUCUUCCUCAUCUCCUGCUGCAUUUACCCACUGGCGUCGAGCUGCGCUCACACAUUCAGCAGUAUGUCGGUGCCAGCACGACACAUCUGCUUCUUUUUUGAUUAUGCUGCGCUCAGCUUCUACAGCCUGGGUUCAGCGAUCGUCUACUCGGCUUACGCUUUCCCCGACAAGUGGGUGAACAGUUCCUUUCACCAGUACUACAUCACCAUUGCUGUGAUAAACACCAUCGUCUCCACCAUAUUGGCUUGCUACUCCAGGCUUGGCUUGACAUUUCUGCAAUAUAAUCAUGACAUCAUACGGAGAUUCCCUGAGUGUCAGAGUCCAAAGUUCAGCAAAUCUCUCCGCAUUGUUGCCUUUGCCUACCCCUACCUGUUCGACAACAUUCCUCUGUUCUACAGGGUGUUCUUGUGUGUCGGGGAGGGCUGCACAGACAAUGACACCAACAUCCUCCACUACAACCACAUCGCCUUGGCUUUCCUCACAGGGUUCCUCUUUGCCACACAUUUACCUGAGCGUCUGGCACCUGGCAGCUUUGACUACAUUGGUCACAGCCACCAGCUCUUCCAUGUGUGCGCCAUUCUCGGCACACACUUCCAGAUGCAAGCCUUGGAGCAGGACAUGCUGACACGACGACCCUGGCUCUCUUCAAACUCCAUUCCCAUCACAUUUGCCAACACAAUGGGCCCAGCGCUGCUUUGUGUGGUGUUGAAUUUAAUCAUCAUCGCCCUCUACAGCAUACCUCUCCUCUCUGCUUCGGCCUGCGAAGAGAGGAAACAUGGCAAAGAUCCAAAGAAAGCCUCCUCCAAACUCUGCCCCUGCUCCUGAAUCUUACUUACAGAAGUUACAGAAAAGAAAAGGAAACAUAUUGGGUAUUAAAAUACUUUGUGUAACCAUAUUAGCUCAGCAUUCAGACAUCACUGUAAUGGCUGUUGUUAAGUGUGUUCACAAGCUAAAUAUGCAAGCAAAAUUUGCACAAGUAGCAUGAAAAACAAAUUUAACAAAAAAAAUUUAAUAUAAGAGAUUUUUUAAAUGUUUCUAAAGAAACCUAUUCUUGCAUAAAGCUGGAAAUGUAGCAGUUUUCUACAUUUGAAGUUGUGAUUUGCAUUUUGAUAAUGAUUUCUUUUCCUUGUUUUUAAACUGAGUUCUCUGAUUUCCAUGGGCAUGGUGUAUGAAGAGACUACAGGGAACAAAGAUGAUGUCAUGUACAAAAUUCACUUUAAUUUUACAUUUAGAAACUGAAUUGAGACACUGUACCGCUUGGUGUUAAUGGUACUUCAGACUGUACUGUUCAGUCAUGUCAGGAGACCUCAUGAGCUAUCAAUGAAGUAGGUUUCAGAAAUGAAGCUAUUUUAAUCCGUUUUAUGUACUCAGAUUAAGCUGUAUCUGUCAAAAGAGUGGUGUGUCUACACAUUGUUACAUUUUCUUGUAAUGCUUAACUUGCAAAAAAAAAAAGUAUUUUAUUUCUUAUUUAUUAUGCAUUUUUCAAAUAAACUAAAAAAA